AUGUACAACUUCUUGUCUCCAAUUUUCCCAAGAUUGCAGUGCCAUCAUCCCACCAACCUUCAGUGCUGGACCCAAUGGUUUGAGAUUGAUAAUCCCUCAAGAAAUGGAGACAGGGAAAAUCUUGCCAAACUUCUCCGAAGGUAUCCUGGAAAGAUCUGCCCGGACCCAUUACAUGUUGAAGCUAGAACAGUGUCUGGUCUAACUCCAGAAGAAGCAGGAGACAUAGUUAAAAUUGACACAAACAGAGGAUUCAUCUGCAGAAAGAGAGACCAACCUGACAGGGAGUGUGAGGAUUAUAAGGUUCGCUUCAGCUGCCCUCUUCCUUACUGUGGCAACAUAGUGUGCUGGACCAAGUGGUAUGAUAGAGAUGACCCCUCUGUAACCAGUGACUGGGAGAGUCUGGGGAAUCUGCAAAGCGAAAACCCAGGAGAAAUUUGCAAAGAGCCUCUGUACAUCGAGACAGUUACCACCGACACCUUGAGCCCAGUUAUCUACACAGGGGAGGAAUUCUUUGUCUGCAAUCCAAAAAAAGGUUUUGUUUGCCGUCAGAAGGACAAAAUGUCUAGCACCUGCAGGGACUACAGAGUUCGGUUUGGAUGUCCUUGUGGAAACUGAACCACAUCUCUACCAACAUGAGAAAGGCAAAAGAAGGGAAGCAGAAAUUAAAAGAAAGAAAACAUGUCUGUUUGUAUCAAAGAAAAAGAACUGACUUUUUGUUGAUGAGUAAUUUUGAACUUAAGCAGAAGAUUUUCCAGUUUUCUCUGACAAAAAAAUUUGAAAAAAGACCCUUGUCUGCUUUGUUGUCUUUUUCCAAGC